GUAGAGUCUAGGUUAUUUCUACUAAUGUAAAUAAUAAUUUGUUUAAAUAUAUUAUUAUAUUUCAUUGGAUACAAAUUUCAAAGGCGACCUAUAUUAUUAUAGAAUCUUAUUCAAAUUAAUAUCCUCCAUUAUUAGUGAACAUUACAAUGACAACAACUACAAAAGCGUCCGUGUCGCAAAUUCUUCGCCACAAAGAUGACUUGGGUGAAGAUGAUGACGAGCCGAAGAAGAAAUCACGCGAAGAUUGGCGGAAAGCUAAAGAGUUGGAAGAGGCGCGAAAAGCAGGAACAGCGCCUGCUGCAGUAGAUGAGACAGGCAAGGACAUAAACCCUCACAUACCUCAAUAUAUAUCAUCUGCUCCAUGGUACUAUGGAACAAGUGGACCAACACUUAAACAUCAAAGACCUCAGGCUGAUAGAGAAGGAAGUUUUACAAAGCUUGAUACCUAUUACAACAAGGGUGUUGAUGUUUCAAAAGUUUCGACAAAAUUCAGAAAAGGAGCUUGUGAAAAUUGUGGAGCAAUGACACAUAAAAAAAAAGAUUGUCUUGAAAGGCCAAGAAAGAUUGGUGCAAAGUUCACAAGUGCAGGUAUAGCAUUAGAUGAAUUUAACCAACCAAACUUAAACUUAAGUUAUGAUGGCAAACGAGACAGGUGGAAUGGAUAUGAUCCAUCAGAACACAAAGCCAUAAUUGAGGAAUAUCAAAAGGUUGAAGAGGCUAAGCGAGAAAUGAGAGCCCAAAAAUUGGAAGAAGACCCUACAGCUGCUGAAGAUGAAGAUAAUGAUGGUGAAGAUGAAGAUAAAUAUGUUGAUGAAGUGGAUAUGCCGGGUACAAAGGUGGACUCAAAACAACGUAUCACAGUACGAAAUCUUCGUAUACGUGAAGAUACAGCGAAGUACCUUCGUAAUUUAGACUUGAAUUCAGCAUACUAUGAUCCUAAAACUAGAUCUAUGAGAGAUAACCCACACCCUGAAGCCGCAGAAAGUGACUACGCAGGCGAGAACUUCGUCCGUCUGACAGGUGACACAGUGUCCCACGCCGCAGCUCAAGUGUUCGCGUGGGAAGCGCAGGCGGCGGGAUUGGACGUGCAUCUGUUGGCCGAACCAACUAAGUUGCAAAUGCUGCAGAAUGACUAUCAUCAUAAGAAGGAAAGGUUUGAGGGGCAGGUUAAACAAUCCGUUCUGGACAAAUAUGGCGGUGAGGAGCACUUAAAGGCACCCCCUAGAGAGUUACUUUUGGCUCAAACAGAAAUCUUCACUCAGUAUAACCGAGACGGUACACUUGUUACUGCAUCUGAGAAACAGUGGCUGAAGAGUCAAUAUGAAGAAGAUGUUCUCAUAAAUAACCAUACAUCAGUUUGGGGAUCGUAUUGGAAGGAUGGCCAGUGGGGAUACAAGUGUUGCUAUUCAUUUAUUAAGAUGUCUUAUUGUGUGGGCGAAGCGGGCAAAUCUGUUGUAUUAGAUGUACAAGAUCCGAGUGCUUCAGAUAAAAAAGCCGCGCCAAAAAUAGAGAAAUCUUCAUCAUCCAGCUCAGAGUCAUCAUCAGAAUCAGAAGACGAAAAGAAAAGUAAGACAGAGAAGACAAGUAAGAAAAAGAAAAAUAAGAAGAAAGCCAAGAAAAAGAAGAAGAAGACGCUUGAAAAAGAAAAGAAAACAGAGGAUAAAUUGAAGAAGGCUUUAGAAAUGGAGGACCGAAAUCAAAGGCAUGCUGAAUACUUAUUAUCCAAAGAUGAAAGAAAGAGACCCUACAACAGUAUGAUUGAAGUAAAGGAGCCAACUCAAGAGGAAAUGGAAGCAUACAUGAUGAAGAGGAGAAGGGAUGAAGAUCCUAUGAGCCAGUUUAUGUCAUAGAUAUCAGACAGUUACAA